CGAGCAAUCCACUUACGUAAACGCGAUUGAUUCUGUCAAAACAAACUGGUGCCUUGUUCGCCCACUGGAGCUGGGAUAUUUACAAUGCUUGAGCGGUGAUGAAACAUAGCCGGAGCUACUACCAGAAACACCCUGCAUUUCUGAGGAACCUGAAAUAUCGAUAAAUAGGGGAACAAGAACUUGGCAAGUUAUUGCACUUUGCACAGAUCCAAUGACCUCGUCACGUAAGGACGUGGCCUGCUACCUGGAUGGAGUACAAGUCAAAGUUUCCGAGAAGUUCAGGCCACCACGGAGGAUAGUGCUCCCAAUGGGGCUAACUAGAAACUUCUACCCUCAAACACUGCAAGAAAACUACGACUUCCAUCUCGAGCAGAAAACAAUUGAGUUUGCCGAGCGCUACCGCAAAGAACAGGAAUCCAAGCGGCAAGCUCGGACUGAUCGUGUGGCAGCUGACAUCGAACAGUUCACUCAGUUGGCUGCGCAAGAUCGACCAGGUGUGGGCGAUGUGAGCCCGGGUUCAACGAACUGUGUGUCUGCUGCGGCUGUCAGUGCCGCUGCAGUCACGUCUGCCAGCAUUCUGCAGCCUGCGCUCGCUCCAGAGACGCCUGGUACUACUGCACCUCAGUCCACAUCACAGAAGUCAUUCAGCUUGGCAGAGUUCGAGAAUGACAGUUCAAGCCCGUUUGAUUACGUUGAGCUUCAGACAAUCAAUGAAUUGGAAGAGCUCAGUUCAGUCUUUCAGGGUAUGACAGCACAGUCACCACAAGCCACCUCUGCAAAAGCAGAGCAUCCUGUUAGUGAGCCAACAUGGCCAGACACUCAGGCCACUGAGACUGUGGUUGUGAACGAAGGUGGCACCAAAGCCUCUGUGCGUUUCUCGAGGAGUGUUUCAGAUGUCUCCAGCUCUGGUAAUGGGAGUGUCAGCCAGCCUACCAAUACACCACCUCCAGAGCCUGCUCCUCAGGGCAGAACCAACGCGAGAGGAAACAAACACCCCCAGCCACAGCAUAAUCAUCAAGCAGCAGUUAAAGAGGCUCCAACAGAGGCUCUCUCUCCUCUUUUACGCUCCCUAAUGGACAUGGGCUUCGACAAGCACAGGGCUCAACGGGCCCUGCACUCCCAAGGAAGCACUGAUGACAAAAAGGUGGUUGAAUACUUGUGUCAAGUGCAGUCACUUGUCGACGCUGGAUUCAGUGAUGUGGAUGCUGAGGAAGCACUGCAGGUCAGCUCAGGAAACUAUGAACAGGCACUGGAGUUCUUACAACUGCAACAGCAGUUCGUGGCUCUUGGGUUCACGAAAGACUCCAUUGUUAAGGCCCUCGUUGAAGCCCAAAAUGACCGGGACAAGGCACUGGACUUGCUCUUAGGAUGAUUUACAUUAUCCCUUUAUUAUUAAACAUAUUGCCAAAUUUAUUUUAUUAAUAAAA